GGCUCCACGACGGCGCGUCCUGCUUCACCCAAGCCCCCGGGUGGCCCAGCGACCGUUAUGCGAAGGAAGGCCGCUGCCGACCGCGCGGAGAAGACGGCGAACCAGCGACCAAGCAGCACCAGGGCUGCUGGUGCCGGAGGAAGCUCAAGCACCAUGUUGAGGCUAUACACGGAUGAGUCUCCUGGCCUGAAGGUCGACCCCGUCGUCGUCAUGACGCUGUCUGUCGUCUUCAUAUUCAGCGUUGUUGCUCUCCACGUCAUCGCCAAGGUCAUGCGCCGCUUCUCCGCAUAAGCCAGUUCGAACAACGGCUACCCUGGACUUUACUCCGAUUCCCACCACGACCUUCUUGAUGGCCGGCGCUCUGCAGUAGCAGAGCUCUGCAGCAGCGCCUCCAUCCCCCCACACCUUUGUCCCCAACAACCCCUGACUUAUCAUUUUCUGCGUCAUCUGCUUGUCCGUUCCGUUUGUACUCUGAGCAUGGACCUCGGGCCCUAGAGGACUGGAAAAUGGAAAAAAGCCACUUUUCAAUUGAAAUAUCCUGAUCAUUGGUCUUUGUGGAUAGGCCACUGAUACGUAUUCUGCAUGGUGUAUUAUAGGCUC